CUAAUAAUAAUAAACUAGAUUCUACGCUUAUGUACACAUACAAUUAUUUAAAAAUUUCCAUUUAUUAUUAUAUUACUUAAUUAUAAUCAUACUAUUCAACAUCGAGAAUUGUAGAGGAAUUUUUUUAUAUAUCAUUUUUUAAAUGAUUAGAAUUUUGUAUUCAAAUAAAAAAUCAAAUAUAAAUUCUUUAAUUUAUACAUGGGUACAAAAAAUGAGUUCAUCUGUUGAUAAACCAAUAGAAAACAAAAUCAAAACUACAUUACAAAGUGCUUUAAAGCCAACAUAUUUAGAAAUAUUAAAUGAGUCAUAUAUGCACAAUGUUCCAAAAACUGCAGAAACUCAUUUCAAAAUUAUAGUUGUUUCGAAGCAAUUUGAAAACCAGCCACUGAUCAAGCGUCACCGAAUGAUAAAUGAGCUACUUGCUGAUGAAUUACAAACUAAUAUUCAUGCUUUAUCUAUUAUUGCUAAAACACCGUCUCAAUGGAAUGAAUUGAGUAAAAAAAUUGAUCCAAGUCCAGCAUGUCGAGGAGGUUUUGGAAAAUAAUGCUAAUAGGUGGCUUAUUUUACUAUUAAGAUUAUUAUAAAUUUUUAUUAUACAC